CUUCUACGCUUCCAUUUCGCUACACAGCUCCCUUCGCUGGUGUCGCUAGUGUGGCAGGAUGCAGUCGCGGGGUUACAAUCGACCACCGAAGCGCAAGCAGAUCCCCCAUCUGUUCAGCAACAUCCUGCAGGUGGUCGCCGAGGCCGAUCGCCCGCUGACCCAGCCCGAAAUCGUUGAGGCCUUGGUCGAGCGCCUGGAUCGCUCCGACGAGGAGCUGAAGCGCCAGAUCACAGUCAGCCUACACGAUGCCCUCAUCAACGGCUAUCUGCGGGUCAAGAACUACCGCUAUUCGUCCGUUUCCGAUCGAUUGGACUCCGACCUUGACUCUGGGGUGCCGAGAAUAUCUGGGACCGGAAACCGGACCCCGAGGACGGAGGACGAUCACUGGGUUCACCAGAGGCUUCUACGGUCUGUCUCAAAUCGCCUAAGUACCAGCGAUCCAGAUCAUCCUACGAGAUCCUCGACAUCUGGAAACUCGGGGUCGGACGAUCAACGGGUUCUCGAGAGGCUCUCAAGAGCAGCCAUCGUCUCGCAAUCAGGUCCAGAGCAUCUCGGGGAGAGGGUAGUGACGGCCACUGGUUCUUCCAGCCAGAGGUUACGGUCGAGCCAGAGCAGAAGACCCAGCGAAUUGGAGUGAAGCAGAACUCUUCUUUGGACGCUUCGACCCAGCAGUUAUGUUCCUAAAAUUGAGAUAAAAUAGUGCAGAAAUACAAUCCUUAGUCAAUGUUCGGAAUAAACAGUAC